AUUGGCUGCUUGCUUCGUGGCCUGGCAACCAGAAGAGGCUUUACCAAACAGACAGACGCUACUAGCGAGCAUCAGAACUAGCUACAGCCGCUAGCUAGCCUACGUUUUCUGGAGAGAUUCAACCAUCCAAACACCAUCAUGUCUUCAAGAACUCUGCCUCUGCUGUUCAUCAACCUCGGCGGAGAAAUGCUCUACAUCCUGGACCAGCGGCUUCGAGCUCAGAAUAUCCCUGGCGACAAAGCUAAGAAAGUCAUGAAUGACAUCAUCACCACCAUGUUCAACAAAAAGUUCCUGGAAGAGCUUUUCAAGCCGCAGGAGCUUUACUCCAAAAAGGCCCUGCGGACCGUGUUCGACAGGCUCGCCCACGCCUCAAUAAUGAGACUCAAUCAAGCUAGCAUGGACAAGCUCUAUGACUUAAUGACCAUGGCUUUCAAGUACCAGGUGCUUCUCUGCCCCAGACCCAAGGACAUCCUCCUCGUCUCUUUCAACCACAUGGAUGCCAUCAAAGACUUUGUGAAAGACACUCCUAGUAUUCUCAGCCAGGUGGAUGAGACGUACCAACAGCUCAUAGAGAUGUAUACGCCCUUGUCCAGCGGGGAAUUCCAGCUGAUCAGACAAACUCUCCUCAUCUUCUUCCAAGACAUGCAUAUAAGAGUGUCUAUUUUCCUCAAGGACAAAGUGCAGAACUCUAAUGGGCGCUUUGUGCUCCCCACCAGUGGUCCUGUGCCUUAUGGAACACAAGUCCCUGGCUUGAUAAGGAUGUUUAGCUGCACUGGUGAAGAGAUGAAGAGGCUGCAGUUCAGUAAUGGAGGAAACUACUCUGCUGCUCUCCGGGAGGGAUCCUUCGACAUAUUUGGAGACCGAGUCACCAAACUAGGCACAAAUAUGUACAGCGUGAGCCGCCCAGUGGAAACCCACAUGUCAGGAACAUCUAAAAAUUCUGCUCAGCACACUAAGGUUAACACUGCUCCUAACCCUCUGGCCAAAGAGGAGCUGAAUCUGUUGGCCAAGCUAAUGGGAGGGUUAGAAGUUCAGAAAACAGGAAACGCAGACAGCGGCUUCCGAGUCAACCUCUUCGCCACCGAUGAGGAAGAAGAAGAGGCGUUAAUAUCAAGACCAGACGAGCUUUCAUAUGGAGUCAUAAAGAUCCAAGCAACAAAGAACCAGAAGGCCAACGCGGAGCUGGCCAAGAUCAUGGGAGAGUUCACAGAGUCCGGAGAUCAAUCUCCCAGCGCCAGCAGCAAAGGAGACGACCUUCUGGCCAUGAUGGACGGCCUGUGACACGGUAACCAUGGAGAUAGGCACAACACAGCGUCAACAGUGUGUUCCACUGUAGACCAGUCUGCUGUUUCUACCUGCGUAUUCUCUGCAGAAACCUCACGUGCAGCCAGAAAACCUUCUUCUUCGGGUGCUUUUUGGAAUGCAGAUGUGAGCAGGUGUUUCCAUUGACGGUCACAAUGACCAACUGCUAAUUUGCAAAGUUAACAACAAAGAAUGUGGUAAGCAUUAAUACACUGUAAUAGUAUGUUUGCUAUUUACUGAAAGAGUUUCAGUUCAUCAGGAUAUACAGCGGGCCUAUAUCAGUGGGUUUAACAUGAAUGUGGUAAUAGCAAAACAGCUGUUUGUAUAAUGUCAUGUUAAUUUUAAAAUCAGAGUCGGACCGCACUGCAAAAUACACAUUCCUUUAAUUUCGCACAAUCUCAUUUAUCUUAAAUGUUAAUAAUUUACCACACUGUAAAACCCAACUUGUUGUUUCUACUUAAAUAUCUGAGUGUCCAUGCUGCGAAAGAAUUUUAUGUCAAGACAACAAAGACAAUGGAGUUAACUCAAAUUAAUCUAAUAUUUGACUCAAUAUUUUAAGUUAUAUUGACUUUUUGCACGGAUCUUUGUUGUAUUGAAAAGGGAAAAUUAGUUAUGAUAACAGACAUGCAACAUUGGGUUUUACAGUGCAGAGUUUAAGUUGAUUUGAUGGUUUGUAAUCCAUAAUUCCAUGUCCCACAAUGUGAAGAGGUCCCUUUUUAAACUUCUUCUGUAUUCUGAUCAACAUGUGGUGAGAUCCUGGGGGAAUCGGGGGAAACCCAAGUGCUCUUUAUAAUGCGAUUCAAACUCCCUCAAACCUUUAUUUUGGUAAGGAAUUUAUUUAUCUUGCAUCACACUGUACGACCUUAAGAGUAUGAGGAGAAACCUGUAAGACAUUUUUCACCAGCGUGUGACGUCUCUAGUGUUGAGCUGUGGCCCAGAAAUGUGCUCAUUGAAGAGUACAUUAUUAUGACAUAGAGUAAUGCAAUAUAUAUAAUUGUCUACUAUGUAAAUAUGUUUAUUGCAUACUUUAUUUAUUUGAAUGUUUAAUUUUCUGUGGAUAGGGAAGUACAUAUUGCUGCAGUUGUUACAUUUUUGAAUGUGUGAUGUAGGAUUUUUAAUAA